AUGCUUAACAGACAUCUAGAUUGGGAAGGCUUUGGCUCUGAUCCCGUCCUGCAGGCUUUCGGGGGAGCAUUGACUAUCGAGGGCGUCCAAUCUGUCGGUGUAGUUGCGACGAUCAAACAUUUGAUUGCCAACGAACAAGAGCAAUACCGUAUGUACAGCUUGGUGAAGCCAGGGAUCUCGUCGAAUUUGGACGACAGAACUAUGCACGAGCUCUAUCUGUGGCCAUUCGCCGAAGGCGUACGGUCUGGUGUAGGAUCAGUCAUGAUCGGGUACAAUGCAGUCAACGGCUCUGCCUGCGCGCAGAACAGCUACCUGAUCAAUGGUCUGCUUAAAGAUGAGCUCGGUUUCCAGGGCUUCGUCAUGUCUGAUUGGCUUGCUCAGAUCUCGGGUGUUCCAUCCGCACUAGCUGGUUUGGACAUGUCCAUGCCGGGAGAUAUUAACCAGGUGCCACUUGUAUUCGGAAAUUCCCCUUGGAUGUACGAGUACAGCCGCGCCAUCCUCAACGGCUCAGUCCCUGUGGAUCGUCUCGACGACUCGGUCACUCGGAUUCUUGCAGCUUACUACAAGAUGGGCCAGGAUCAGAACUAUCCCCGCCCCAACUUUGAUGCCAACACCCAAAACGCUGAAGGUCCACUUUAUCCAGGUGCUCUAUUUGGACCAACGGGAAUUGUAAACGAGUUUGUAGAUGUACAAGGCAACCACGCAGAGGUUGCGCGCGAAAUUGCCCGAGAUGCCAUUACACUGCUCAAGAAUGACGACAACCUUCUUCCUCUGUCUCGCAACUCAACACUGAAGGUUUUUGGCACUGAUGCCGAGAAGAACCCCGAUGGCAUCAACUCUUGCGCUGACCAGGGUUGCAACAAGGGCACCCUCGGCAUGGGCUGGGGCAGCGGAUCUGCUCGCUAUCCUUACAUGGACUCCCCAAUUGAUGGUUUCAAGAGCCGUGGUGCGACUCACCAAUUCUUCAACACCGAUUCUUUCCCAUCCAACUCCAAUCCGUCUCCGAACGACAUUGCUGUUGUCUUCGUGACUGCCGACGCCGGAGAGAACUACAUCACUGUUGAGAACAACCCGGGUGACCGUACGUCUGCUAAUCUCAACCUUUGGCACAACGGCGACAGGCUCAUCAAAGAUGUCGCUGCGAAAUACGCAAAUGUCGUGGUAGUCGUUCAUACUGUCGGUCCCGUGCUCAUGGAGGAAUGGCACGACCUACCUUCCGUUAAGUCGGUGCUCUUUGCUCAUCUCCCUGGACAGGAAGCCGGAGCUUCCCUAAUGGAAGUCCUCUAUGGAGAUGUUUCUCCUUCUGGUCACUUGCCUUACACAGUAGCCAAGACUGAAAAUGACUACGGCGAGUCUGUAAAGCUGACCGGCUACCAGAUUGGCCAGCCGCAGGAUACCUUCACGGAGGGUCUAUACAUCGACUACAGGCACUUCCAUAAGCAGGGAAUUACUCCUCGUUAUGCUUUCGGUCACGGCCUCAGUUACACAAGUUUUUCUUUCUCUGACGCUACCAUCAGCACCGUUACGCCUCUCAGCAGCGCACCUCCUACCCGUCCUGUCAAGGGCGCGACGCCUGCUUACUCCACUACUAUCCCUCCAGCUUCGGAGGUUUACUGGCCGGACAAUUUCAACCGUAUCUGGCGCUAUAUUUACUCUUGGCUCGACAAGAAUGAUGCCGACAAGGCUGCCGAAAUUGGAAAGUCGCCUAGCACAUACCCCUACCCAACUGGCUACUCCAAUGUGCAGAAGCCUGGACCCAAGGCAGGCGGUAAAGAAGGUGGUAACCCAGCUCUUUUUGACGUCGCAUACGACGUGUCUGUGACUGUCACCAACACUGGAGGCCGUGCCGGCAGAGCGGUCGCACAACUCUACGUGCAGUUCCCUACGUCAAACUUCGACACACCAAUCAUCCAGCUCCGUGACUUUGAGAAAUCGGACGAGCUCGCGCCUGGUGCGACUCAAACAUUAUCGCUAAGGGUUACGAGGAAAGAUCUCAGUGUUUGGGACGUAGUCAGCCAAGACUGGAUCAUCCCCAAUCUGGGCGGAGACUAUGGUGUUUGGAUCGGAGAUAGCUCUAGCAACCUACACCUCAGGUGUGGAACACAAAGUGGAGCUUGCGCAGCCAACCAGACGAGCCCUGUAUAA